UGCAAUUGUGACGUAGGCGUCACAAUAAAAUCAAAAUUAUAUUUAAAAUAUACUUUACUAAUAAAAUAAAUAAAAUAUUAUAUGAAAAAAUAACUAAGGUGAUCAUUUAGGGUAACUUCGGUCAGUAUAAUCACAAAAUGUAAGUAACUUUCAUAUUACUUUUUCAUAUUAUUACGCUAGAGUGCAGAUUAAAAAGUUAGAUGUUUGGUGAAAAAAUUGAUCGCCGAAAAACAAGAUCACCAAACCAAAUAGGUUACGUUCUUAAUACACAAUUUGAAUUGGGUUGUUCCAUAAUUCAUAUUGUAGGUGAUCAAUUACGAAUGGAAGUGAUAAUGAACCUGCUCAAUAAGCAGCCAGCAUCAUCAAAAACUGUUUUUUGUCAUUUCUUUCUCCUCCAGACCAUCAUCCUCCUCCUCCGCCAAGGAGUGGUAGCGGACUUGAAGGCAGACAGGGAAGCCCUUGUAGAGUUUGCAUAUGUGGUGGGCGGCGGGAGUGGACUGGGCUGGAACACGGAGGCCCACAUAUGUAGUGACUGGGCUGGCGUGAAAUGCGGAGGCAGCCGGGUAGUGGGACUGCAUCUGCCGGGAAUGGGGCUGAGCGGGGCCAUACCGGAAAACACCAUAGAACGGUUGGACGCGCUGAGGGCUCUGAGCCUUGAGAAUAACUCUUUAACCGGAUGGCUCCCGUCCAAGCUCAUCAAUUUGAAGAGCUUGGACGUGAGCAACAACGGCUUUGACGGCCCCAUUCCGGCGUCACUCUCGAGGUUUCCUCAUUCGUCCUUUGUGGGGAACGCUUUACUAUGCGGCCCGCCCCUAAUAAAUCAGCCGUGCCACCGUCGCCUCCGUGAUGAGCUUGACAUAACCUCAUAUUCCCAGCUACCAUCUUCCUCUCAUCCACUCCUAUCUCGCCGCCUUCUAAAGUCAAACACAAAGACGGCGAAAAAAAAGAAGGAAACGCAUGUGGUAAUUUACGACAUUGUGGUACCUCUUUCAGUUGCUUUAACAAUUUUAGUAAUAGCAACAGUAGUGUGGUGUUACUGUAAUUGGGAAAAGGUUAAAGAUUGUUGGAAAUUAAAUGAGAAUGGUCUGUAAGUAAUUGAAAGGCUGUAACCUGUAAGUAUGCUACAUUUAC